AAGGGCAAGAAGCUCGCUCCCAAAGCUGCUGUCACCCGUCGUCGCCCUGCUGCUGCUGCUCAACCCGCCCAACCUGCCGCUACCACUCAGCCCUCGUCUGAGCAACCUGCUCCCGCUCUCGCACCCGAAGCCACUCCAUCCACAAUUGUUCCCGACACUGCUGCUGGCGCAUCACGACCCAAAACAUCCUCGACACGAUCCGACCACCAUGUACCGACCGCUCCUCUGCCCACCCCUCCCGCAACUCAGCAAUCGACGACUCAGCCUACUCAUGUCGUCGCUCAACGACCUGUCAGACAGCCCACACCACCUCAACCAACUUCCCUUCCUCACCAUGUAGAGCCGUCGCCGCUGUCUCUUGCUCAGUCUGAUGUAUCGCACCGCCAAACAAUUCCGUCUCCUUCUUCGCAACCCCUAGUCACUUCAACCCCGCCUGUAACUCAACCCGAACCACGACAAUCCGAUCCUCUUACACAUCAAGCCUCUCCGCCAGUCAUCCGCGCAUGGUCCGCCCUCUCCCAACCAGCUGGCUGGCCAGNNAAACGCAAGCGUCCGACUCCUCCGCCUCCUGCACCAUCCGAGGAAUCCACUCUCCAACAACCUCCACCUGUCGUUGCUACUCAACAGGCAACCCCCACAUUGGCAUCUGAUCCCGAAGCUGCUUUGAUCAAUACCCUCAUCAGUCAUCAAGAACAACCUCGAGCCCCUGUAGCCCAAAUGCUGCCACCCGCCAACCCACCUGCCACAGCCCCGAAGCCUCGCGCAAAGCGACAAAGAAAGACUGCUACUACGACUCAACCACCAGCAGAGACANGACGACUCUUCUCAAGCCGCAGGCGGUGCCCAGGAAGACGUUUCGAACGCGACGCCCGCAACGAAGCCAAAGAAACCCAGAGCCCUAAGAGCCAAGCGCCCACCAAAAUCGUUAUGGAAGACGAGGAUGGAAGUGUUGUCGAGACAGAAGAGCCCGCACCUCGUCCUACUCCCAAGCCGAGAAAGCCUCGUGAAAAGAAGAAGCAAGUGCAGCAAGUCGAGGGUGAAGAUGGCACAACUGUCCAGGAUGACCCAUUGGACGAUCCAGAGAACCACGAAAUCGAUGUCACGGAAACGACGAUGCUUGAACUUACCAAGGACAGAGGUCUGGGCAAAGUGUCAGAAAGAGAAAUAAAGAUGGCCGCCAUAAACUGGGACGAGGUGCAAAAGAAGAGAGUGGCAGAAGCAGAAGCUAUCCGAGCUGGUAUAGAUCCUACUACUCUUAACAAUCAGCCGGCCGAAAAUGCUGAAGCUGGUGACGGAGGCGAGGGCGAGAACACCGAAGAAACACCUCGAUCAGCACCUGUGGUGACUGGACCCCGACUACGUCUGGAUGCCGAGGGAAAUCUGGUCGUGGACGAAGACAGUUUGCGUAUUGAUCGCCAAGCUCAAGCCGAGCGCAAUGCCGAGAACCUGGUCGUUACCGAAAACGAUGACUUGACAAAACGUGUCAACCAGAUGAGCUGGAUCAACGAACGUCGACGUGAUCCUACUGAUCGUGUGCCCUUCUUCAAGAUGAAGUCUGACCCUUGGAGCGACGAGGAGACAGACCGCUUCUAUGAAGCCCUUCGCAUGUUUGGCACUGACUUUUUCAUCAUCUCGAAGAUGUUCCCACCCAAGACUCGCCGUCAAAUCAAGCUGAAGUUUGUUCGCGAAGAACGCCUGGAUCCUGACCGCGUGAACCGCGUCUUGGCUGGUGAAGCAGUUCCUAUGAACCUCGAGUCGUUCGCAGAAGCCACUGGUCAGGACCUUGGAGGUUUCAAGGACCCACGCGAGCUGGAAGAGGAAUUGAGGGUCGAGGGCGAAGAGCAACGUGUGGAGAUUGCUCGUAAGAAGAAGGAAAUGGAAGAGGCGAAGGAGCAGAGAGAUAUCCAAAUGGCCGCUAGAGAGAAGGACCAGGAAGAACGCGCAGCACAGAGACGCGAGAAGGCCGCUAUGCGCCAGAACAAGCGCAGAGGAAUCUUUGGCACUGGUACCUUU